AUGUUCACAGAUGCUAUAGAUUAUGCGAAACAAUGCCACGAAUGUCAGACCCACGGAGACGUCAUACAUAUGCCCCCUGAAGAUCUUCAUCAGAUAGUCACUUCUUGGCCUUUUGCUACCUGCGGAGUCGAUGUUAUUGGUUCGAUAAAUCCACCUUCAUCUAAAGGAAAGCAAUAUAUACUAGCAGCAACAGAUUAUUUCUCUAAGUGGACAGAAGCGAUCGCAUUGCGCAAUGUCAAAGAAAAAGAUGUUGUCAAUUUCAUCCGGCAUGCAAUAAUAUAUCACCACGGUAUCCCGAAAAAAAUUGUUACCGAUAAUGGUACUCCUUUCAAGAAUAGAGACAUCGAAAAGUUGUGCCAAAAGUCUAGUAUUCAUCACUCGUUUUCAACACCUUACUAUCCAGUGGCCAAUGCAUUAGUAGAGGCAUUUAACAAGACGAUAGUGAAGAUACUGAAGAAGACAGUGACUGAAAAUAAGCGUGAUUGGGAUGAGAAGUUGUAA